CAAACGAUUAUCGGCUUAGAUACAGGAAUAAGUUUUUGCUUGUUUUAGGAAGCGCGUGUUUAAAUCAAUGAUAAUAGGCUAUAAUCAAAGUGAAUUUAUAGUCAUUACAGAUAAGAGCGCGCACGAAAUUCACGAUCACCAAAUUCCCGCUGUCUUUCCUCAGUCUAGUUACGCAUAUCAGACGCUGCGGUACACAAAAUACGCAACAAUGAUUGGGAACUAUAAAUUUUUAUUGGCUUUGUUGAGCUGCUGUCUGCUUGGACUGUCCGAGUCGAGCACACGUCAUCAAGAUGUUUCAAUGGCUACACAUUUUGUUAGCCUAGGCGGCAAUAGUAUUACGCAUGUGGAAUCUUUUCUGCCCAGAAGUCGUCCCAGCGCGGAUACUUAUAGAACUGUGCGCAAUGCUUUCUUUCACUAUGAGGAGUCGCGUGCCUUGGGCUAUGAUCUGGAGCUGAAUUCACGUGAACUUAAAGCAAAUGCUACGAUAAUGAAGAUCAAGGUAGCGGAAUAUACAGAGGGCGAAGUUACUCCGCACUUAUUUAAACCUUCCCAGCAUAUAUUCGAUGUGCUGGGUGCUAUCAGCAAAGCGGAGUUGUUCAAAUACCUGCAGCACAUGCCCAAGGGCGCCGUUUUGCAUGCCCACGAUACCGCGCUGCUAAGCACUCAAGCUAUUAUAGAGCUUACCUAUCGUGCCGAUCUGUGGAUGUGUCAAUCAUCUAGCGAGCAUCUGAGUGCCAUUGCCUUGCGUUUUGCCAAGAAGCAACCUGAGGCGCUCACCGAACCUGUAGCCUGCACCUGGAGCUUAUUAACGGAAGUGCGAAAUAAGGUUGGAGCUGCAGCAGUAGACGCACAUCUAGAGGCGAACCUAACACUCUAUCCGACCAAAAAGUUUGAGGAUAACAAUGCCGCUUGGUCUAGAUUUAUGGAAAUCUUUGGUUUGUUGGAUGGUCUGCUGAUGUAUGCGCCAGUUUGGGCUGAUUACUACCACAAAGCCUUGGAGGAAUUUCUAGCCGAUGGUGUGCAGUACUUGGAAUUCAGAAGCCUGCUGCCCAUUCUCUAUGAUAUGGACAACACUGUUUAUACACCGCUGGACACUGUGCGCAUUUAUGUGGAAACUUUGGCUAAAUUCAAAGCAGCCAAUCCGGACUUUAUAGGCUCACGCAUGAUCUAUGCGCCAUUGCGUAAUGUCAAACCCGAGGGCAUUGAGGAUUAUAUUAAAAUACUUUUGCAAGUUAAACAAGCGUAUCCCGAAUUCGUCGCCGGCUUUGAUUUGGUCGGUCAGGAGGAACUUGGACGUCCUCUGAGCGAUUUUAUUGAUCAACUGCUGCAAAUACCGCAAGACAUUGAUUUUUAUUUCCAUGCUGGUGAAACCAACUGGUUUGGUUCUUCGGUCGAUGAAAACUUAAUUGAUGCGCUGCUGUUGGGCACCAAGCGCAUUGGACAUGGCUUUGGUCUGGUCAAGCAUCCUGUCGUCUUGGACAUGGUCAAGAAACUGAAUGUUGCCAUUGAAGUGAAUCCAGUUUCCAAUCAAGUGCUGCAGCUUGUUAGCGAUUUUCGUAAUCAUCCUUGCUCGCAUUACUUUGCCGAUGGCUAUCCCGUGGUCAUCUCAUCCGAUGAUCCCUCCUUCUGGAAGGCCUCACCGCUCACCCAUGACUACUACAUUGCCUUCUUGGGCAUUGCCUCGCAGCAUGCGGAUCUGCGUUUGCUUAAGAAACUUGCACUCAACUCUAUUCAGUACAGUUCACUGUCUGUCGAUGAGAAAUACGAUGCGCUAAACAAAUGGCAAAAGAAGUGGGAUGCCUUCCUCGACUACGUCAAUGAUGAGAAGGGCAAUGGCGCCGCCUCCCCCAGUCAAAAGCUCGAUUGACUAGCACGGGUGGUGGCAGCAUCACUGGCUGUGUUUUCUUUACUGAAUACCGGCCUUUGGCGCUAGUCGGUUCAACUCUUCCACUCUCUACGCUAGAAUGUCCUGUCGCUUAUACUCAGCUCUGGCUUUCUUAUAUUUUGUGUAUUUUGCAACGCACUUACAACAACCAACCAAACACCUUAGGCAAUUAUACCAAUUUAUACGAAUUGCUUAGCUUUAUUUUGUUUAGUUUUCUAAGUUAAUUUAAGUUUUGGCUUUGCUUUCGACAAACACUAAGCUGGAGAUUGUAUUAACUAUUGUGAAUAAAGAACUUGGGUUUAGUCGA